UCCAUCUUCGUCUUUUAUUUAAUACUAGCCCACCCUCUCUCACGAUGCCGCCCCCGAGGACACCAAUUACCCCAGUUAUGGCCGGCAUCAACGCCGCCCUCAAUAUGUUUCGCACCCCUCAGACCCCAGCAUCGGGCAAGGUCGAGCUACCAUUAGGAGAGGAUGAACCGCUUGUCGGAGGAGAUGGCCUCGCGUCGGAAAAGUGCGAGCUCAGGAUAGAGGGUAUGACUUGCGGCUCAUGUGUAGAGUCAAUAGAGGGCAUGCUUCGAACGCAGCCCGGAAUCCACUCCGUCAAGGUUGCUCUACUUGCAGAACGGGGAGUCGUCGAGUAUGACCCCAAUGUAUGGGAUGCAGACAAGAUCGUCAGUGAAAUUUCCGAUAUUGGUUUCGAUGCAACUCUCAUUCCCCCAACACGGUCGGAUACCAUCCAACUGCGGAUAUACGGCAUGACUUGCUCGUCAUGUACGUCCACCGUGGAGAAGGAAUUGGGCGCUGUCCCCGGAGUUUCUAGCGUUUCCGUCUCGUUGGCUACAGAGCUCUGUCAGGUAACCUUUGACAGGACAAUGGUCGGACCGCGAGAGCUUGUAGAGCGGAUAGAAGAGAUGGGAUUCGACGCCAUGGUGUCGGAUCAGGAGGACUCGACACAGCUACAAUCGCUCGCCCGUACGAAGGAGAUCCAGGAGUGGUGGUCUCGAUUCAAGUGGAGUCUCAUUUUCGCCAUCCCCGUCUUCUUCAUCACCAUGGUUGCCCCGAAGAUAUCUUUCCUUGCCUCUAUUGUCGAAUACCAGAUUAUCAGAGGCAUCUACGUCGGAGACGUCCUCGCGCUGGCGCUUGCUACCCCGGCGAUGUUCUGGGUCGGGCAGCGAUUCUUCAGGAACGCCUACAAGUCGCUCAAGCACGGCAGCGCGACCAUGGACGUGCUCAUCUGCCUCGGCUCCUCUGCAGCAUACUUAUAUUCCAUCGCCGCGAUGUGUCUUAUGGCCGCUAGCAGCGACCUCGGCUAUCACCCCAUGGUCUUUUUCGAUACGAGCACGAUGCUGAUCAUGUUCGUCUCCCUCGGCCGAUACCUCGAGAACCGGGCGAAAGGCAAGACAAGCGCUGCCCUCACGGAUCUAAUGGCCCUCGCGCCCUCUAUGGCUACGAUCUACACCGAUCCUGCGACAUGUACGCAGGAGAAGAAGAUCCCGACGGAGCUCCUCCAGGUCGGGGACAUCGUCAAACUCGUGCCCGGCGAGAAGAUCCCGGCGGACGGCACCGUCCUGCGCGGCACGUCCAACGUCGACGAGAGCGCCGUCACGGGCGAGCCCAUGCCAGUGCUGAAGCAGGUCGGGGACGCCGUCAUCGGAGGGACGCUGAACGGGCUCGGCACAUUCGACAUGACCGUUACGCGCGCGGGCAAGGACACUGCGCUCGCGCAGAUCGUGAAGCUCGUCGAGGAGGCGCAGACGUCCAAGGCGCCCAUCCAGGCGUUCACAGACAAAGUCGCGGGGUACUUUGUGCCGACCGUCAUCAGCCUCUCGCUGCUCACGUUCGUGGUGUGGCUAAUCGUCUCGCACGCCGUGAGCGACAGUGCGCUGCCCCCGCUGUUCCAUGUGCACGGGGCGUCGAAGCUCGCGGUGUGUCUCCAGCUGUGCAUCUCGGUCGUCGUUGUGGCCUGCCCGUGUGCGCUGGGCCUGAGCACGCCAACGGCGAUCAUGGUUGGGACGGGUAUGGGUGCCAAGAACGGGAUCUUGAUCAAGGGCGGACGCGCGCUUGAGGCAAGUCGCUUCAUCAAGCGUAUUUGCCUGGACAAGACCGGGACUGUCACCGAGGGUAAGCUCACCGUCUCGUCCAUCGCCUGGGCUCCGUCGAGCGACCACAGCGAUCUCCACCCUGCGCCCGACUCCGACGACUCGUCGCUUACGACGAAGGUUCUCGGCAAUGUUUCUCGCACAGAUGUCAUCGCCAUGGUCUCCGCGACUGAGGCGCGCUCCGAACACCCCCUCGCGAAGGCGGUUGCGACGUACGGCAAGGACCUUUUGAGCAAGUCUAUAGUCGCCGUUCCCGAGGUCACCAUUAACACGUUCGAGAGCAUCACCGGCGCGGGUGUCAAGGCGGUCAUCACCCUCCCUGCCGGCAAUGGCAAGCACACCAUCUACAUCGGCAACGCGCGCUUCGUUCUCCAGUCCGACAGCGCGAGUCUCCCAACCGCCCUCGCCGCGUUCGACGCGGAGGAGUCGAGCCAGGGCCGGACGUCGAUCUUCGUCUCGCUCGCCGCGGCGGGGAAAGUGCCCACCCCGAUCCUUGCGAUCGCCCUCUCGGACAAGCCGCGGCCGUCGUCCGUGCAUGCGAUUCGCGCGCUGCAGGACAUGGGCAUCGAGGUGAACAUGAUGACAGGCGACGCGAAGACGACCGCGCUUGCGGUCGCGAAGCAGGUCGGCAUCAAGCCGGAGCACGUAUGGGCGCAUAUGAGUCCCAAGGGCAAGGCAUCGGUCGUGACGGAGCUCAUAGAGAAGCACGGUGGCGGUGUUGCAAUGGUCGGCGACGGUAUCAACGACUCACCCUCGCUCGUCGCUGCGUCUGUUGGUAUCGCGCUCUCGUCCGGUACCUCCGUCGCGAUUGAGGCGGCCGAUAUCGUGCUCAUGCGCUCGGACCUGCUCGACGUCGUCGCUGCGCUCCACCUUUCACGCGCGAUCUUCGGCACGAUCCGCCGUAACCUCGUCUGGGCAUGUCUCUAUAACGUGCUCGGCAUCCCGCUCGCCAUGGGCCUCUUCCUCCCUUGGGGCUUCCACAUGCCCCCCAUGACUGCCGCUGCGGCGAUGGCGUUCUCGUCUGUGAGCGUUGUGACGAGCUCGUUGCUACUCAGGUGGUGGACGCGCCCCGCGUCCAGCUUGAUGCCGGGUGAGGUCAUCCAGCAGGAGACGAUAUUCGAUAGUGCGAAGAUUGCGCUUGGAGACGCGUGGGAGAGCGUGAGGAGUUUGGUGCGUGGCAACCGGGAUGUGUCGGGUUACAGCCAGCUUCCUGUGGAGAUGAGUGAGAAUGUAUAGACGAGAGGUGGUACGGUUUUGGGGAGACGUGGUGAUACUCUGGACUGCUCUCCAGUGUUUUCCGGCUUUGUUGUUCGUUGCUCGCUCACUCAGUACUUUCGUUCAGCCCCUUGUCGUGUUCAUUUUGCGUAACCUAAUGCUCUCGAGGCCCUUGUACUAUUUGUGUAAUUCUACUACUCAACUUGCGGUAUCCAGAAUGCUUCAAAACUCGCUAGUCACUAAGGAUAUCGAUCAACCGUUCAUGUCG